UCCCCGCCGCAGGCUGCGCUCAUCGAUGAGCUCUACGGCCUGGUGGUGGAUGCCAUUUUUGGAUUCAGCUUCAAGGGAGCGGUACGGGAGCCCUUCGGCAGUAUCCUCAGCACCCUUGAGCGCAUCACGGUGCCCAUCGCCAGCAUCGACAUCCCCUCGGGCUGGGACGUGGAGAAGGGGAAGGCGGACGGUCUCCAGCCCGACAUGCUCAUCUCGCUUACGGCACCCAAGAAGGCAGCCAUGCAUUUUGCCGGCCGCUACCACUUCCUUGGGGGCAGGUUUGUGCCCGCCGCGCUCCAGGAGAAAUACGCUUUAAACCUGCCACCGUACCCUGAGACAGACUGCGUCCUGCAGCUGACCUAG